CUUGACGAAAGGGAGUCAGAUGGCGGGUCACCGAUGGGAGAUCUAUUAAUAUAUGGCGGGAUCCUUGGCUACCUGAUAAAAUUAAUCCUUUAAUUUCAUCGGACUGCAUUCAAGGCUUGGAGAAAGCUUUGGUGGCUGGAUUAUUGAACUCAACGGGAGAUGGUUGGUAUGAGGAUAUCUGAUCUUAAGGGAUAUUUUUAACAAUAGAGAUAUUGAUUUAAUUAGAAGGAUUUCCUUGAGUAAUAGGGUGGUUUCGAAUAGAAUGGUAUGGGCAGGGGAAGAAAGUGGACGCUUUACAGUCAAGAGUUGCUAUCGGAGGGUUGUUGGCGAAAUGGCUACGGUGUGCUGUGGAUGUUUUUCUACUACGAACAACUUGAAGUCCAGAGGAGUAGCUUGUGAUAUCAGAUGCGGCCUAUGUGGUGAAGAGGAAGAUGAAACGCCAAUCGCCAUUUCAUUUGUUUGUUAACUGCAGGUUUGCGAAAGCAGCUUGGGGGGCAGCAAGCUGGACGAGGGUAGGUCAAUCAGCCCAUAAUUUUAUGGAAUGGCUUGAAAUUGUGUUCAGAACGCUAAAGUCGGAGGACCUUGAGAAGUUCGUUUUUAGGUGUUGGGGUUUGUGGAAUGAAAGAAAUCCAAGAGUCUGGAACUGGGCUCACAUGGAACGGUUGCAGGUGAUGGAGAAAACCAGAAAUUUUGUGAAAGGAUGGCCUAAAGUGCAGCGGCCAGAGCUGUUUUCCUGUAAAAGAGUGUUGAGGUUAAUUACAGGUGGCAGCGACCGGUAGAAGGGCAGAGGAAAAUUAACGUUGAUGCCUCGACCGGAGGAGAGAGCUGCGGUUUUGGCUGGGUUGCUCGUGACUGUUAUGGGUAUUUUGUGGCAGGUGGAGGCAUUGUGGGAAUAGGCCAGAUGACUCCAUUAGAGGCAGAACUGAUGGCCAUGCGGGAGGUGCUCAGCUGGCUCAAAGAACAACAUUGGGAUUUUGUAGAUGUGGAGUUUGAUUCUCUUCUAGCAAUUAACGAAAUUCAAAAUGGCUCCGGGCUUUCUUAUCCGAGUGUUUUGGCUGAAGAUAUAAGAGAGAUGAUGGCUAAUUUUGUUAGUAUUACGUGUUCUCAUGUUAGACGUUUAGCGAAUCGGGCAGCUCAUGUUGUGGCUAGAGCAACAUGUUCUUGGCCUGGAAGUCGAGUUUGGGUUUCUACUCCCCC